AUUACAAAAAAUAUUGUCUAUCUGCUUAUAAAAGAUAAAUGAAAAUUAAUUUAUUGCUUACAUAUAUUUAUUUAAGAAUUUUUUUUCAAUAAAUAAAUAAAUAAAUAAAUAAAUCAAUCAAUCAAUAUUUUAGUUAUAAGAAAACAGGAUACAAUGUAUAUGAAAACUUAUAUACUUCAAUAAGUGAACAUGUUUUUUUUUUAUUGUAUUAUAUUGUUUUUUUAAUGAUAAUUGUAAACGAUAUUUAAAAAGAAAUAUAUAAUUCGAAUAUCAAUGUGCAUUGAUGUAAUGUAACGUAUCGUCCAAUCAGAGUAAGUCUUUGAAUUUCGUGACAAAUAUGUCCUCUAGGAAUAACCUAUUCAAUGCUUAACUUGUUUUUUCUUUUCUUCAAUUGGUUAUGAACAAGCGAGUUCACCUCUCUAUAAGAUUCUUGAUAAAAGCUUUAUAUUCUUUUUGUUUAAUACCUACUUCUCGUCACCAAUUUGACGUAUGGCGAAAACAAGAUGCCACUGUGUUACUUUGUUCGAUAUUCGUUCAACUUUUUAAUCAUUUUCGAUAGUAAGAUAUGUGAGAAACCAAGUAUUAAAUAUACAACGCAUAAACAUUUUAUUCGACAAUUAAUGCUAUAAAAUAUAAACAUUCUUCUCCAUAAUUAUAUAUAAUUAUGAAGAUUGGAUGUCAUACAAUAAGUAUAGUAAUGACAACUUAUUUCAUUGCAUUAAUACACUUGCCAGUAUUAUAACCUCAUAAUUUUUAUGAGCCGUGAUAUUUCCAAAGAUUAGAAAAAUAUUGAUAAUAAAAUUCGAAAUAUUUUUGACAAAUUAAAAAAUGUCUGGUGGAGAAAGAAAGAAACGUGGCUGUGAUAGGGCACAAGGAUGGGAAGAAGCUGGUGCUGAAUUUUAUCAAGAAAGUUAUCCUGCAGCAAUAGAAGCUGAUUUACAACAAGCAAUAAGAGAUCCUUCUCAUAUCGCAACUUUACUUCCCAGCAAAAAAUCUCGUGUCGCCACAGCUAAGCGUAUAUGUAAUGACACAAAAACAACUUUGAGAAGACGUACUAGUACCAGAUCACGUGGUACUAGUACUGCGAGACGUAUGUCAACGAAUAUUCAUGAUGCAGCAGUUUCUAUGUUACCAGAUUUAUCUGAGAAUUUAUCUAAUGAAGAACGCACAUGGGAAGAAAUAAUGCAGAUUAAAUCUAUGCCUGUAUCCAUGACACAAAAGAUACAAUUAAAAAAUCAGUUACAGAGUGCAACAAAGUUGAGAUUACAAGGAUUCGACCAAUUAAAGUGGCAGCAUAGAAAAGUUUGGCAACAAUUCCGUGCAAGAAUGAAAGAAGCUUAUUCAAAAAUGGAGCUUUGGAAUGAUAGUAUGAAAAAGAUUGGUGGCAAUUUUGGGAUGGGCAUUGUAGCAUAUUUUUUAUUUAUCAAAUGGUUAAUGUAUUUGAACACAGUUUUAUUUUUAAUCAUAUUUUGUUUCAUUAUAUUGCCAACAAUAUUGUUGGAAGAAACGGAAAAGGAUAUGUGUUUAUCUAAUAAUAAUGCAAGUGUAUCUUGUUGUUCUGAAUUAUAUUGGAACACAACUGAGAAUACCAAUAGGAUUUUAGAAUACACAUUGUUAUUUUAUGGCUCAUUUACGCACAAGAUCUAUGGUGCAGAUGGUUCUUCCAUUCGUUAUAAUUUACCAUUAUCAUAUAUUUGUGCUAUUAUUACUGUUUUUAUUAUCAGUUUAGUGGCAAUUGUCAGAUCAGCUGCUAAAAGUUUUAAGGAAAGAGUUGUUGAAGGUGAGGGACAAUUUUAUCAAUAUUGUAAUUUAGUUUUUGGAGGAUGGGAUUAUUGCAUUCAAAAUGAAAAAUCUGCAGCUGUUAAACAUAAGGCUUUGCACAAUGAAAUGAAAGGAUUUUUAGAGGCAGAGAGAUUGGAGGAAGAAAGGCAAAAUCGUACGCGAGAAGAAAAAACGAAAUUGUUUGCCUUACGUUUUGUAGUUAAUAUAUUAGUUUUAUUAAUAUUAAGUGGCUGUGGUACAUUUAUUUAUUACAUAAUAGAAUUUUCUUUCGAUCAAGUUACGUUGUAUUCGGAAGAAGGACAACAUAACGAUAUUAGAUACACUCCUCUUCAUGAGAUUGUGCAUUUAUUUUUUGAAUUUCUUCCAUAUAUUUGCAUUGUUGCUCUCAAUAUUGCAGUUCCAUUUUUAUUUCGAUAUUUAAUAGCCUUGGAAAAUUAUAGUCCAUUGCUUGUUAUACGUAUAACAUUAUUUCGUACUAUUUUUUUAAGGCUUUCUUCUUUGAUCGUAUUGUUAACAUCUUUUUACAAAAUCGUAUCACUUAGAGUGUCUGAUACAGAAUGUACAAAUAAUGAAAUCAGAGAACUACUUUGCUGGGAGACAUUUGUUGGUCAACAAUUCUUUAAAUUGUACACCACAGAUUUCUUUGUACAAUUCUUUAUGACAUUUUUCAUUAAUUUCCCUAGGUCUCUUUUAGCACGUCAUACAGAAAAUAAAAUACUACGAUUUGUAGGUGAGCAAGAAUUUGACUUAAGCAAACAUGUAUUGGACAUUGUAUAUUCGCAAGCAAUUUGUUGGCUUGGUUGUUUUUUUGCACCUUUAUUGCCAAUGGUAGCUGUAAUCGGUACCUUUUUAUUAUUCUAUAUAAAAAAGUUUGCUUGCUUAGUGAAUUGUACACCAUCAAGUAAAGUAUACAGAGCAAGUCAAUCCAAUUCAUUUUUUAUGUUUAUUUUAUUAAUAUCUUUUAUUUUAGCUGUAAUUCCAGUUGGAUAUUCCAUAGCUGAAAUUAUGCCUUCAAAGUCUUGUGGGCCAUUCAGAGGCUUAGAAUCUGUUUGGACAUUGUUAAUUUUUACUUUUUCACAAUUUCCUUAUUGGCUGCAAUCUAUACUUUUUUUCUUAGGAACUGCUGGUUUUGGAAUACCAGCUUUUGUUAUCCUUGUUUUGCUUUUAUAUUACUAUUAUGCAGUAUCUAUAGCGAAUAAGCACAUGGUUACAGUAUUAAAAAAUCAAUUAGUUUUAGAGGGUCAUGAUAAACAAUUUCUAUUGAAUAGACUCAGUGCUUUUAUCAAGCAACAACAAGAUCAGAAUAAAUAUCAUCAGGACCAGGCAAAUGAAUUAGGCACCUUUUCAUAAGUUCUUUUUACAAAUAUUUAUUAAUAAUAUAAAAUUAUUUUAUUCAAUGUCUGUAUUAAAAAUACAUACUAGUAAUUUCCUAAAUGUACAGAAAUAGUUGACUGCGUAAACCAAAGCACAUACAGUAUAUACAUACAUAUAUAUAUAUAUAUAUAUAUAAAUAUAUAUAUAUAUAUAUAUUAAGAAGUUGUUUACUUUGAAUCUUUGUUAUUGAUAUGACAAAUGAUAAAGACUGUUUAUUACCAUUUUUUAUAUUGCCUACGAUAAAAUCACGUUCUCAAUACGUGUUUUGAUAUUUAGUAAUUUAUUUAUUAGAGCCCCGAUUUGUACAGGGUUUUAGAAAUGUCAAAAUUAUGGAUAAUACAUUAAAUAUGUAUCUAUUGAAUUGAUACUCCUAUAAAUAGUUAUUUAUAUCUAUUUAAAUUCUGACACUUUACAUGUACUUUUAUAAAAUUCUUAUUACAAAAUUUACUCAUGAAGUUAUUCGAAAUGUUUUCUAUUUAUUAUGUUUUAACAAAGAAUUUGUAACUUUUGAAAGCAGAUGUAAAAAUGAAAACUGUUAUCAAAUACUUUAUCAUCCCAAAGAAGUAAAAUAAAAUUGAUUGAUCUUCUUACAAAGUUUUUAAAGAAGGAUGGUAGGUCUUUUUGAAACAUAUCUCGAUCGAACAUUAUAUGAUCAUGUUUUAAUCAUAAAAAAAAAUCAUCUAUCAAUUAUAUGCACUUGUAGUUACAAAAAAGUAUAUUUAUUUUGCUUGAAACUAAACAGUAAAAUUCAGAAUUUUCUUUUUAUGCUGCAAUGUUUUAUUAUCCAUAUAGACAUUAAAAACUAAAAUGAACAAGGCUAUCUUUAGAUUAAUUUUUCAUUAAAAAUUAUUUAAGCUAUUGUAAAUAAUUCUUAUAGAAAUUAUUAACUUUAUGAUAAAACUGAAAGCAGAUAUUAUUUGAUAUUCAUCUAAAUAGUUAGCUUAGCAGUAUAUGUAAUAUGUAUCUUUUAUCAAAGCUUUGACUGCAACUUCUGUAUUAAUAAAAUAUCUUAAUAGAUUCCAUUGGGUAAAAAGUUACAAAUAUUGUAAAUAUAAAUAUGAAUGAGUUUUUUGUCUGGAAAUAUUAUUGUACCACUUUGUACCUUUAAUAGCACUGCCACUAAUUAGAUUGGAUUAUUAGACAUAAAUGAAAUGUCACAUUAAAUACGUAUUUACAUAAUAAUUAUAUACAUUGCUAAAAAUAGUAUAUACUAUGUUAUUCUUUAUGUAGAUUAGCUAACAUACUGAACUUUUGUUAAAGCAUCAUAUAUUACACACAGAGUGAUAUAUGCAAUGCAGAUUGUUACAAUUAGAGGCAGUAAUUUUGAUAUUUUUCUUAGUGGUACUGACAUUUUUUCACUCUUGAAGAGGUACAAACAUAUUUAAAUAUAAAACAUCAUAUAUUAUAUGUAGUAAUACCAGCAAAUCUCAAUAAGCUCCAAAAAGUUAUAAAAUUGUAAACACAUUAUCUUGAUAACGAAAUAAUUUGCAUCUUUUUCAUCUUGGUCAGUUUGAUAGAUUCAAUAUGUAAUAACAUUUGACUUAAGAUGCGCUUAUAACUGAUGAUAAGACAAUUGUAAAAUAUUUAAAAUAUGUAUACCUACACUUUAUUAAUAUAAGUAUCAUACUUUGACGUCUAUAGAAUAAAGUAAUUUGCAAUUCAA